ACGACUGAACUGCUCAUCAUGUCUGGACGUGGUAAAGGAGGAAAAUCCAAGGGAAAGGCAAAGAGCCGAUCCAGCCGUGCCGGUCUUCAGUUCCCUGUUGGCCGUAUCCACCGUCUUCUGCGCAAGGGCAACUACGCCGAACGAGUCGGAGCCGGUGCACCCGUGUACUUGGGUGCCGUCCUCGAGUACCUGGCCGCUGAGGUUCUGGAAUUGGCAGGAAACGCUGCCAGAGACAACAAAAAGUCCAGGAUCAUCCCCCGACACUUGCAGCUGGCCAUCCGCAACGACGAGGAAUUGAACAAACUGCUCUCUGGCGUAACCAUUGCCCAGGGUGGUGUUCUUCCCAACAUCCAGGCUGUUCUUCUGCCCAAGAAGACCAAGCAAUCCAGCGCCAAAUAAGCG